GGUUGUGCUCGCUCCUGCUCUCUCUCUGCUCUCUGACCCCAGUGGCAGCUCCGACUCACUGCACUCCCCCUCCGUCACACCGAGGCUGCUCUCUCUCUCUCUUUCUACCUCUCUACCACUCUCUCUCUCUCCCUCCGCUGUUGUCUAUCAGUGUCUCUCGCCCUCCUCUCCCGGCUCUCUCUCUCUCCCCCCUCUUCGCCCUCUUGUCUGGUUUCUUUCCACAGGAGCCAGCCGAGGUCCCGCCGGGUCGAAGGUUCUGCCCUAUCCGCCCAGACUGCAGCAACCCCCGGAUAGACGAGCGACCCUGCCCCGCUCUUACUACCACCACUACCGGUGCUGCUGCUGUUGCCGCCGCCGCUGCUGCUGCUGCAUGGACCCGUGUCUCUUCACCGCCGCCGCCGCCGCCGUGUAGAGGGCGACCCCGACCCGACACCGACACUCUUCUUCCACCUCCGGGGCCAGAUUAAAAAAAAAAAAAAAAAAAAAAAAGAAAAACCGGCACCAAAAAAAAAAGAAGAAAAGAAAGAAAAGAAACCACCACCAGCAGCACCUUUACCACACACGACGAAAGACUGCAGUGUGUCGUCGGUCGUGAGUCGAUCAGCCGGGUCUCUUGUCGCUGCUGCUGCUGCUGCUGCUGCUGGGAGACUUCCUGGGCUUCUUGAGCCGGGUCUGAAGGAUGACCGCUGCACGGCUCGCUGCUGAAUCCCGGUGAACGAACGGCGUCUCAUGUCCAAACGGCGGAAGGAUGGCUCAUGGCAAAGUGACCAUCACGGUGGACGAGUACAGCUCCAACCCCACACAGGCCUUCACACACUACAACAUCAACCAGAGCCGCUUCCAACCUCCACACGUCCACAUGGUGGACCCCAUUCCCUACGACACUCCCAAGCCAGCAGGACACACCAGGUUUGUGUGUGUGUCGGACACACACUCGCGUACAGAUGGCAUCCAGAUGCCUUACGGCGACGUGCUGCUGCACAUGGGCGACUUCACCGAGCUGGGCCUGCCCUCCGAAGUUAAGAAGUUCAACGACUGGCUAGGUGGCCUCCCGUACGAAUUCAAGGUGGUAAUCGCCGGGAACCACGAGCUGACCUUCGAUAAGGACUUUAUGGCAGAGCUGGUCAAGCAGGAUUACUACCGAUUCCCGUCGGUCUCCAAACUCAAACCAGAGGACUUUGACAAUGUCCAGUCGCUCCUCACAAACUGUGUGUACCUGCAGGAUUCGGACGUCACCAUAAAGGGAUUCCGGAUAUACGGGGCGCCAUGGACUCCGUGGUUUAACGGCUGGGGGUUCAACCUGCCUCGGGGUCAGUCUCUGCUGGAUAAAUGGAACCUCGUCCCCGAAGGCAUCGACAUCCUGAUGACCCACGGACCUCCGCUCGGUUUUCGAGACUGGGUUCCUAAAGAGCUGCAGAGGGUCGGCUGCGUGGAGCUGCUCAACACGGUCCAGAAGAGGGUGCGACCCAAACUUCACGCCUUUGGAGGCAUUCACGAAGGUUACGGGAUUAUGACAGACGGCUACACGACGUUCAUCAACGCGUCGACCUGCACCGUCAGCUUCCAGCCCACCAACCCCCCCAUUGUGUUCGACCUGCCCAACCCCUCCAGCUCCUGA